ACCGCUGAGCUCAGUGAAAUCAGUCAGGCGUAGGUACCCGCCACAGAGUACACCUGUGUACCUGCAUUCGAGUGCUCCGCGUACCUACUAUUUCUGUCGCAGUCAUUUGCGUCUCGCCGUCUUCGUUGAUCCUGUGCUGUGCCGCGUUCCAUUCGUGCAUCCAUAAGUUCAACUGUUCAAGUGUUCGAUUCACGAGUGUUUUGACAACCCGAGUCCCGGUUAGCAGAAAUUCAGGGUCAUUAGUGAUAAAUUGGCUCUAAAUCGACAGUGUCCAGUUGCUUUAGCACCCUAAAGUUUUUAUUCAAUUGCAAGUUUCCUCUAUGUAUCAGUGUUGUUUGACGUAAUUUAACCCGCUACAAAUAGGGACAUUCGGCCAUGCAGUUUACAUUACCUUAGGAUCCAAUUGUUGUGCUUCACGAUAUAUUUCACCAAAAUCAACUAAAUUGCUCAAAUAUUGCCUAAUUGCCUGUGUACCUAUUCCUCUGAUCUGGUGUAUCACCGGUGAAACAAAAAGAGACACUAUUUUACAGAACUUUUGAAGCUUUAGGUAGUUUUCGACGAGGAUUUAUGACAAAGUAGAAUGCCAUUAUUCCAGAGGAAAAACAAUAAAAAGGACGAGGUGGACGCCAACGGGCGGAAUAACAGUACAUUAGGGUAUGAGUACGACAAAUCGCGCAGUUUCUACUCCAGCAGCAUGGUGAGCAGGAACCCGGAGGAUCUGAAGAUGGAACCGGAGAACGUGCAGAAGCCCAAGUUGGUUUUCCACUGCCAGCAAGCCCAAGGCAGCCCAACUGGACUCAUAUCGGGCUUCUCCAAUGUCAAGGAACUCUAUCAGAAAAUAGCCCAAUGUUAUGACUUCUCCGUUGAUGAGAUUCUUUUUUGCACUUUAAAUACUCACAAAGUAGAUAUGACGAAACUUUUAGGUGGUCAGAUAGGUCUGGAUGAUUUCAUCUUUGUACAUAAAAAAGGACGGCCGAAAGAAGUAGAAAUUACGAAGACGGAUUCAGCCUUAGGUCUCACGAUAACAGACAAUGGUGCUGGCUACGCAUUUAUCAAAAGAAUAAAAGAAGGCAGUAUUAUUGAUAAUAUAGAUUGUAUUCAGGUUGGGGAUCACAUAGAAAGAAUUAAUAAAGUGUCUUUAGUUGGUAGAAGGCAUUUUGAAGUCGCAAAAUAUCUCAAAGAAAUUCCCAAAGAUUCUACAUUUACCAUACGACUUGUUGAACCACUUAAAGCAGGAUUUU